AUGGACGACAGGAGAGACGCUGAGAUGAACCCCCCUCUGGCUGCGGCGGCGGCAGAGGACCCUGCCCGAGUUGCCCGCAAUGACCCAGCGCCCGUACCGUCGCAUACUAGCACAUUGGAGGAUUCUGCCAUGGAUCUGUCCCCGGAGGAAUUGCGGUGGACUGAAGCGGUCAAACACUCUGCCCUGGAAGAUACUUCCUUGAAACCGCUCUCGGACUAUGAGUACGCUGCCGCGGCCUUGGUUACUCAGGGUCACGUAGAAACGGCACUGUGCAGCCUUCAGGGCCUGCAAGACUUUCGUGAGGAGUACAACAUUCAUGAAACCGUAGAGGAAGGCAUGACUUUGCUGCGGCAAUUGCACAUCCAACAGCCCUGGUUUGUGCUGGAUGUGAGCCUGGAGCUGGAGGAGAGUCGCCACUUUGUAUGUGUCUAUGACUACGCCCAAUUGAACCCAUCCGCUGUCAAGAUGCCAGAUCAGUGGCGGGUCUUCCUGGGAGGUCUUUACUAUCUGUAUCAGAUGAUACAAUCCGAUCUGCAGGCCGUAAGAGAGGGAGUGGUCAAUAUUGGAGAGUGUGACGGCAUGAGCUGGAGCAAUUUUUCCGUCGACAUGGUGCGAACUUUAUGGCAUCAUCUGAUGGAGUUCUACCCUCUCAAGACGAAGGAAGUGAGUUGGCUUCACGCCUCCGUUAUUGGGAACCUCCAGCACUCCCUCUACAAGAGCAUCAUGGGAGACAGGGCAGCCAACAUUCGGAUUGGAGUCACCUUUGAAGGCUACGAAGGACGCUUGGACAACAUUUUCAAAGUACCCACGGAAGAACAAGCACUCCAACGACUCAUGGAUCGAUACCAACUGUAUCUGACCAACCGGUAUCACCAUCAGCGUUGCUAUCGUUUGCCAUCCAAGGUUCCGUCUCUUUCAAUUGAUGAAAUAUUGGCCAUUGAAGCACGGGAGGGAGGGGUUGACGAAGAGGACGAAGAAACUUUUUCUGAAUAUGAAGAAGAGGAGUACUUGGUGGAAGAAGAAUAUGUUGCUUUGGACGCAGAUUCCAUAGCAUUUGCAGCAGAGGGAGAAAACAAAGAAAAUUAA